UCAAUUAUCGUUUGGUGGCGAAUAAAAUCAGUCGAUUUUGCUUUUCAUCUGCUUGCAAUUAAUUUAGAAUACUGUUCAGCUAUUAAGUGGAAAGAUAUUUUAUUCUUUUUACGUCUCCAAAUCAGCGCUAUGAUCAGAAAGGUACUUUUAAGCUGCUUAUUACUUCUCGCAUUGAGUGGCCAACUUGAAGCUCAACUUCUUGGUUUGGGCGAAAUGAUUUCUUUUUUCCUUUCACCAAUUUCUUUUUACCACAGAAUAGUGAUGAGACGGAAUCAAGAACUAGCAGCUGCUUUGGGUGAAACUGCAUUUGAAACGUACAGAAGAAACCGCUGGCUUGGUCUACCAUUUUUUAUUCGAAAUAGGUAUCCAAUAAUAGGCACAAUAAGCAAAAGAACAGAUUACGAUGAUUCGGCAGUCUUAAUAGAUGGGAACUUAGCAUUAAGACUACCAAGACGUCAAACAGAUGGUACUGGUAUGACACCUUUCAAAAAUGGAGAUCUGUCAUUAGGAGAACUGGGAGACCAGCGACAAUGGGCUGAUUCACCUUCUUUGAGAGAUGGUGGCCUAUCGAGAGGAGAACUAAGACCCCAGUUAUACCAUCCUUAUAUGAGAGAUUUUAAAGGUAGGGACGGAGCAAACGGAGAACUGAGAGAAAGACAGCAUCGAAUUCAUCCACCACAUCUUAAUGAUCCAGAUUCUUCAAGAAUUGAACCCAUAUCCGAACCACAUCACCCACAUUCGAUAUCUGCGGAAGGUGAGGAGCCAUCAAAAGGAGAGCCAAAAGGCCGAGUAGAUCAAAAUCGCCCAAUAUAUUUUAAAGGUGGCAAUCGACUAACAGAAGAACCUAGACCCCAGCUACCCAGCACCCAUUCGACAGCUUUUCAAAAUGGAGUUCCCUCAGAAGGAGAACCAAGGAGUCGUGGAAUACAUCAUACAGGUGGAGAUUCAGCAGAUGGCACACCAAGACGCAUACCAAUGAAUGGACCUGGAAUGAUAUCUUCUGGAGGUGGAGAUUUAGAAAAAGGAAUACCAGGACGCCAAAUAAUGAAUGGACCGGGAAAGAUAUCAUCUGGAGGUGGAGAUUUAGCAAAAGGAAUACCAGGACACCAAAUGAUGAAUGGACCUGGAAUGAUAUCAUCUGGAGGGAAUUCAGAAGACGGAAGACCAAGACGCCUGAUAAUGGAUGGACCUGGAAUGAUAUCUGGUGGUUUAGAUUCCGCAGAUGGCGCACCAAGACGCCUACCAAUGGAUGGAUCUGGAAUGAUAUCUGCUGGAGGUGGAGAUUCAGCAGAUAGCACACCAAGACGCAUACCAAUGAAUGGACCUGGAACGACAUCUUCAGGAGGUGGAGAUUCCGCAGAUGGCGCACCAAGACGCCUACCAAUGGAUGGAUCUGGAAUGAUAUCUGCUGGAGGUGGAGAUUCAGCAGAUAGCACACCAAGACGCAUACCAAUGAAUGGACCUGGAACGACAUCUUCAGGAGGUGGAGAUUCCGCAGAUGGCGCAACAAGACGUCUACCAAGGGAUGGAUCUGGAAUGAUAUCUUCUGGAGGUGGAGAUUUAGCAAGAGGAACACCAGGACACCAAAUAAUGAAUGGACCUGGAAUAUCAUCUGGAGGUGGAGAUUUAGCAAGAGGAACACCAGGACGCCAAAUAAUGAAUGGACCGGGAAUGAUAUCAUCUGGAGGUGGAGAUUUAGGAAGAGGAACACCAGGACGCCAAAUAAUGAAUGGACCAGGAAUAUCCUCUGGAGGUGGAGAUCUAGCAAAAGGAACACCAGGACGCCAAAUAAUGAAUGGACUUGGAAUAUCAUCUGGAGGUGGAGAUUUAGCAAGAGGAACACCAGGACGCCAAAUAAUGAAUGGACCUGGAAUAUCAUCUGGAGGUGGAGAUUUAGCAAGAGGAACACCAGGACGCCAAAUAAUGAAUGGACCUGGAAUAUCAUCUGGAGAUUUAGGAAGAGGAACACCAGGACGCCAAAUAAUGAAUGGACCUGGAAUAUCAUCUGGAGGUGGAGAUUUAGCAAGAGGAACACCAGGACGCCAAAUAAUGAAUGGACCUGGAAUAUCAUCUGGAGGUGUAGAUUUAGGAAGAGGAACACCAGGACGCCAAAUAAUGAAUGGACCUGGAAUAUCAUCUGGAGGUGGAGAUUUAGCAAGAGGAACACCAGGACGCCAAAUAAUGAAUGGACAGGGGAUGAUAUCAUCUGGAGGGAAUUCAGAAGACGGAAGAUCAAGCCGCCUGAUAAUGGAUGGACCUGGAAUGAUAUCAUCUGGAGGGAAUUCACAAGAAGGAAAACCACGAAGUCUAAUUAUAGGAAGUCCUCAAAUGAUAACUUUUGAAGGUGGUAAUAAAAUACAAGGAAAUCGAAGACGUCUAAUAAUAGAUAGUCCUCAAAUGAUUGCUUCCGAAGGUGGAGUUUUAGCAGAUGGAAAACCAAGACGACUAAUAAUAGAAAGCCCAGAAUUGAUAGCCUUUGAAGAUGGCGAUGCAGUAGAAGGACAAUUAAGUCGCUCUUCUGGAAGUUCUCGUUCUGCAUUUAUCAACGGUGGUGAUAAUCUUCGCUUACGUCACAAACGGCAGAUAGCAGAGAAAUUUCUAGAAAAUUCAGAAGGCAAUCAGAAUGGAAGAUAUAUAUUUUCCCAGAAGCGCCUUCAAGCCUUUCCUGAAUUUAAUUUGUUUGCAAAUCCAGAUGGAAAGUUGCAUCAUAUUUUUUCCGAUUCUCGGAGGGUUACGGAUGAUAUCAACAGAGGUACUGAGCAUGUGAGAACUUUAGUGAUGAGAAACGGGAUCAAGAAAUAAAUCAAGAUGGGAGCGUGGAUAAUGUUUUAUAUUAAUCCAGAUUAUGUUCAUAAUAAACAGGAAUGAAUAUUAAUAAACU